GACUCCUGCCAAGAUCCUUCCUGCUUGGCUGAGGAUCCGGUAGAGGAGUGGCUGCCUUUGCUUCUGGCAGCAGCGCUUCCCUCUCUGAAGGGCGCUCUGCCGAAGGACGAUCGGGGACUUUCCGUGCUGCCGCAUCCCCACCCACUGCAGAAGAAAACGCUGCGGAGCGCCAGGUUUCGCCUGACACCUUCGGGCUCCGUCGCCUUUGACACGCGCCGUGCCUGCGACAACUGCGACAACCCCAUCGAGGAGCGCACCUGGUACGCUUGUGCGGAAGGCUGCCAGGUCGACUUCUGUUGCCGCUGCCAUAAGAGAUACGAGCAGCUCUUUGAGGGACGUGACCGUUCCGCUGCCUUGCGCGCCGCGGAGGUCGCGACCCGAGCGGCAGCCGCCGCCACAGCGGCAGGAGCCUCGUCGCGGCGGGCUCUGGUAGAAGGCUUUGCCUUCGAGUGGCCGCAUCAGCUCUUCCAGGACCUUGUGCGUGCAAUCGCCGGCGUUGCUGAUGCCAAAGUGGUUCAUGUGGAGGAUGGUCACGACGCAGACCUCGCCGCAGACAGUAGCUUCUGGCGCCUCAUAGCGUUUCUGCAGCUACUCCGCUGCGCCAAUGACAGACCUUCCCAGGAGACGCGCUUUGGCGAGCUUACUCCACGGGGUCCCCGGCUUCCGGAGGAAGAAUUCGUCUUAGGAGGCAUCGACAAGUGCGAUGCGGAGGCAGAGUACAAGCGAUGGCGCGACCUGGGCCGCGGCUCCUCGAAAGUAGUGGCAUCAGUGCUCGAACAAGAGACCUUCGAGGUCACGCCCUCUUUCGCCCUCUUCCUGGCCCACGUGGACUUAGUUCCCCUGGGCUUCCGCCAGCGAUGUUUGCAGUCGGACAUAACGGACAUGCUGAGCAGGGCCCGUCUCUUUCGCCGCCGGGUGCAGCCGCUUGCAGUGAAAGUUCCUCGCAGCCCGCAGGCGGAGUUUCGCACAGCUAUGAUCCGGCAGCUUGCCGAUGCCGCAUCUCCGCGACCGUUGAUGGCCAAGUUCUCUGGUGAAAGGGGCUCCGGGCCUGGUGUGGCCAAGGAGUUCUUGGCUCUUGCCAUGGAGGCGAUCUUUUCCUCGAAGUCCGGCGAGGGCUAUGAGGACGGCGAGCCGGUGUUCGUGUACGAUGCAGACUCCAGGACGUAUUGGUUCUCGGAGACUGCAGCGCCGGUGCCGGAGCUCUUUCACACAGUGGGGGUGCUGCUCGCGCAGGCCCUCUUGAUCGGUACGCAGCUCCAGGUGAACCUGCCUCCGCUCUUCUACAGUGCCUCCGUGGGCGAGUUGGGGCUGGCGGACCUGGCUGCCCUGAAGAAUCCUGGCCUGCUAUGCGAAGGCACGUACAUCAACGACGGCGACUACAAUGAGCUGAUUGACUACGAAGGCCUCGAUGUAGCCGAGGUCUUUCCGCUGGAUUGGCCGCGCAGCCACGAGCUGAACCCCGAGAACCGCGCAGAGUACGAAGAGCUGACGGAUGUUCAGACACUCAAGGUGCACUUGGAGAAGUCCUGCGGCGUCCCACGAUUCCGGCAGAGGCUCCUUUCUCAGCAGAGCAUCCUGGCAGAUGACCACUGCUUAGACCUGCCUGUGCAUGUACAGUUGGUCCUCCUUCCUUUCUGCAGUGCUUCAUGGGAGCAGCGAAGGGAGCUCGUCCUCGCGGCCAGCAGGGGUGCGGCAACUCUCGUGGAGCAGCUCUUGCAACGCCCUCAGGAUCCGAACUUGAUGGACUGGCUCGGCCAUUCUGCUCUGACAGAAGCAGCACGUGCAAACCACAUGCCGAUCGCUGCUUUAUUGCUGGAGGCGAAGUCUGAUCCAGACAUCCGAGAUGAAGGAUACACAGCUGUUGCAUUUGCAGCCCACGCUGGGAACUCUGACAUUUUAAAACUGCUCCUCGCGGCCAAUGCGAACCCUGAUGUCACCACAGAGGAAGGCACAGCUCUGCACCAAGCACUUGGGAACUACAAUGACAAGAAAUGGGAACGCUACGAGACCACUGUGACUUUGCUGCUAGAGUUCCGCGCUGACGUGGAUAUCGUGGACAAGAGGGGUCGUACGGCGCUGCACGCGGCUUCUCGCAUCCCGGGCCCUGGAAAGCCCCGACUGGUGAAGCAGCUGGUGAUGGCGAAGGCGAAUGUCAAUGCAGCUGACAAAGAGCAACUCACUGCGCUUCACUGCAGCUCAAAGCAUGGUUGCUUAGACUCGGCCCGCUGUUUGCUGCAGGCCCGGGCUGACGUGGGUCUCGAAGAUUCUCGCAGCAGGACAGCUCUGCAUGCAGCCUGUUCGAGGUUCGAUUCUGUACCCUACACGGUUGCAGUGGACCUCCUGCGGUUGCUGCUUCAGGCGCGAGCUGACAAAGAUGCAGUUGAUGACGUUCAUGGUACAGCCUUGCACUAUGCAUUGAAGUCGAAGGACGGCACGAUGCUUCUGCUUCGCUGUCUCCUGGAUGCGGGAGCUCGCAUGGAGGUGGCGGACAAGCACGGAUGCACUGCCUUGCAAUGCGCACUACAACAAUCUUAUCAGCAGAGCGGCGUGCGGAUCCUGUUUCAGUCACUUCCCAGGCCAAGACGCCAAGGCCCAAGCCCAAGAAACUGUGGCAGAAGAGUUGCCUCUCGCAACCUUGGGGCAUGA